AUGAUACGGAGAUUUAUCAAUUUAAAUAUGAAGCGGAAAAGAUCUCCUACACAGACUAAGCUAAAUUUCCAAGUAGCUAAUAAGUACAAAACCUGUCCAGAGUGUGAUAAAGAAAUGUAUUAUAAACUUUUAGAUUUUCAUAUAGGCUCCUCUGAUUGUAUCAAAAAUAUAAAUUCUAUAGCAAACACUCAAAAAAAAGCACCAAUUAUUACUCAAUCUCCACUCCCAAGCACUCGCACUAUGCAAAGAUCAUUCAUUUCUCCUCCACCAACUAUAAAUGCUUACGAUGUCCUUAUGAAUACUCCUCAGACCAAAAUUAUCCAAAAUUUUCAUUUAACCUUUUUAGGAGAAUCUGGAGGCAGAAAGCAGUGGGAUUUUGCUAUUGAUAAUAAAGAAAUUGGAGAUUUCAUAUCAAGGAAGCAUUUUUUAAAAGAGUCGUCAAAAGAUCCAUGCCAAAUAAUUUUGACUGCAUCUACCUCACAUUCUUCAAGAAAUCCUUUAUCAUUUUAUGAUUUUAUUAGGCUACAAGGAUUUUCUCCAGGUAUUUUGAAAUCAUGCUUACAAAAAAGUAUCAGACAAGGAAUAAGGAAUAAAGCCAUAAGGCUUGCUUUGCAGAUGGCGGUAAACUGUGGGUAAACAAUAUUUAGCUUAAAAGAACUGUGCAGAAGGUUAUGUGUAAUAGUGCUUGAAGAUUGUUUUUUGCACCCUGAUUAUCCAUUGCUUGCAUGGUGUAUGGUAGCUGGUGAUGAGUAUCAAUACUCCCAAGAAAUUCUUGAUAGUGUGAUUCAAAUUGUAGCUGAUGUCUCUACUCUAAAUUAUAGAGAUGUGCUAUAUAUAGAGAGUAGCAGCUCUCUUUUUAAGCAAUGGAGCACAUCUAAUGAGAUUGUAAAAGCUAUGUUAAUCAGAGCUUAUUAUAAAGGCAUGAAAGGAGAUAUAGAAAUGCUAUCAGUAUUUUAUAGGUAGAAGUACUCAGCACAAUGAAUGGAAAGGUUUAGAGCUGAUAGUGAAUGAAUGGAUUUCAUAAGAAAAGUUCAUUAUAAAUUGCCAGUAUGAACACUAGAAGAGAUCAGAGGAGGCUUAAGGGUUGAGGACGUGCCUUUGCAAGGGAUUGAUUUUAAUUGCUCAAAUAUGGUAAGAUUAGAUAUAGCUUGAUAUUUUAUUGCAGGAUGAUAUUUUUAUGUUUCAGCUUGAAGAAGCCUUAAAUAGGCCAAGAAAAACGAUAAAAGAGUAUCUUUGUGAAACAAUAUGGACACAAAGAGGAGGAGUUAAUUAUAGAAAAUAUAUAACUGACUAUCCUUCAACGUUGACAGUCAACUUGCAAGCUCCUGAAAAUAAUUUUGAGCCUGACCCAGUUUUUGUAAAACUUGUUUUGCCUAGACUUAAUGAGCUUUCAUACAAAGAGAUUGUAAGAAAAUUCAAAAUUUCUCAAAAAGCAAUGAAAAAUAAAAUUCAGGGAAAUAAAGAAAAUUAA